AUGGUGCCUCACACUAUUGUCCCGAUCACAGGGGAUGGAGCUUGCCUGUUCCGAUCUCUCUCAUAUCUUAUGUAUUACAAUCAGUUAAUGGCUAGCGAUGUGCGUGAACUAAUCGUGAAACAUGUGGUGGAUAAUUGGGAGGAAUUUUUCAUUAUGUCCCACGACAGCAAGGGGGACAAUUAUACCAGCUCUGCUGAAUAUCUCGCUCACAUGUCUCAACCAUUUACUUAUGGUGGUUUAUGCGAGUUGGUGGCGGAUGGUGAAUUAUUCGGGUUUGUCUUCGAGGUUUACCGCAAUGGUGAGCUCUAUAAAAGUUUUGGUGUUGAAGGUCACCCUGUUAAGAGGCUGCGCUUUACGCAGGACCUUUCUAAAGGACAUUUCGAUGCAUACGUGCCACGUAAAAAUGAAGAAUUGACCACUACACCACUCUUUUUUCAGUAUGAUCAUGCCUCAAAUAUUUCACAACCAUCAUCUCUUUUUGGUAGCAAAAAGGCUUCUGGCAAACGUCGUGCUAGAUAUACUAACGUUAAAAGGAAGAAGCAACUUCAAGAUGCGGCAAGAAAAUAUGCGCAUAAUAACCCUGAGGUGAACAGAGCAGCGGUAACUAGGUACUCAAAAAAUAAGCCGGAGGUGCAUAGAGCAGCGGUGGCAAGAUACCAACAAAAUAACCCUGAGGUGCACAGAGCAGCUGUGAAUAAGUACCAAAAAAAUAACCCUGAGGUACACAGAGCGAUAGAGUUUCGAUAUGAACUAAGCAAUUCUGGAAAACGAUUAGAAAGGCGAGCACUUCCGUGGAAGGUAAAAGCUUAUUCAGGCAUGGCAUAUGAUCCUGAUGUGGAUUAUGAGGCAGACAGCAUUAUAGCUCUGGGUACCAUGAGCCAGAAGUGUAAGUACUGCAAUGCCCUUAAGUGGAAGGAGGAGGCUCCUGGCAUGUGUUGCAAUGAUGGAAAGGUGCAGCUUUCACCUUUUCAACCUCUGCCCGAGCCUCUCUACAGUUUGGUAAUGGGUAGCCACUCUGAGCACGUCCACUUUAUGAAUCGUGUUCGGAAGUAUAAUGGCUGCUUCAACAUGACAUCAUUCGGAGCCAAGCAGGUUCAACAAGACGGCUUCAUACCGACCUUUAAAGUUCAGGGGCAGGUAUAUCACUUGGUAGGAAGCCUGCUGCCAGCAUCUGAGCAAGAAGCCCAAUUCCUACAAAUUUAUUUCGUGGGUGAGGACGAAAGGGAAGUGCGCUUGAGAUGCAACAAUUUUCCAGAUGUCAAACACAAAUUAGUUAAAGAAUUGCAGAGGAUGCUACAUGAAGUCAAUAGCUACAUAAAAGACCUAAAAACUACUAUAGAAAAAGUACCUACAAUUUGCAAAAAUUUCGAAGUUAUUAUUCAUGCAGAUAGGAAGCCCAUUGAUGCUCAUGGAGGACGGUAUAAUGCACCAACAGCAAAUGAGGUAGCUUUGGUGAUUGUGGGACAGCAAUUUGAGCAGCGAGAUAUUGUGUUGCACAGCCAUGACAACACACUAAAGCGUAUCAGCGAGAUUCAUCGAUCAUACGACGCCCUGCAGUAUCCGCUUUUGUUCUGCCGUGGCGAAGAUGGGUACUCUAUUGCCCUGUCUCAGCGCGAUCCUCAGACCAAGUUGCCCCUAAAGAAUACAGUAUCCGCAGCGAGCUUUUACUCAUACCGUAUUAUGGUCAGGGAAGGGGAAGUUAAUCACUUGGUGUACUUCCGUUCACUUUUCAGUCAAUUUUUGGUUGAUAUGUAUGCUAAAAUAGAGACUGAAAGGUUGAAUUAUAUUAGGAAUAACCAGGUGCAGUUGAGGGCAGAUAGUUACAUUCAUUUGAGAGACGCCAUGGGAAAGCAGGAUGCUGACGUUGCUCAGAUGGGUCAAAUGGUGGUGCUUCCGUCAUCAUUCACUGGGGGACCACGCUAUAUGCAUGAGAGAACUCAGGACGCUAUGACAUACGUCCGUUUUUACGGUCGUCCUGAUCUGUUUAUUACUUUUACUUGUAAUCCAAAGUGGAAGGAUAUCACAGAUGUACUGCUUCCUGGCCAAAAAUCUCACGAUCGACACGAUAUUAUAGCUAGGGUAUUUCAUCUCAAGGUGAAGAAAAUGAUGGCUCUUUUAAAAAAGGGUGAUUUGUUUGGAAAAGUGACGUGUUUCAUGUACUCUGUGGAAUGGCAAAAACGAGGUUUGCCUCAUAUUCACAUCUUGCUGUGGCUAGAGCAGCGCAUCUUUAAUAAUAUGAUCGACAAAGUCAUAUGUGCUGAAAUACCUGAUCCCGUGAAAGACUCUCUUCUUUAUAAUAUUGUCAAGGCCAAUAUGAUUCAUGGGCCCUGCGGGGGCUUAAACCGUAAUUCGCCAUGUAUGAAAGGAGGCAAUUGCAGCAAGAGGUAUCCCAGGCAACUUCUAAAGGACACUCAGACAGGAAACGAUGGAUAUCCGCAGUAUCGGAGAAGGUCUCAAGCUGAUGGUGGAUUUACCGUAAAAAUCAAUGAAAUAGAGCUGGACAAUCGUUGGGUGGUGCCCUAUAAUCCUGUUUUGUUACGUACUUUCAAUGCUCAUAUUAAUGUGGAAUUAUGUAAUUCAGUUAAAUCUAUAAAGUAUAUUUGUAAGUACGUGAAUAAGGGCAGUGAUCAAGCGACUUUUGCCUUAGAGAAUAAGAGGGAUGAGGUAAAAUUGUACGAGAGUGGACGGUAUAUUAGCAGCUCAGAGGCAGUUUGGAGAAUCUUGGCGUUUCCUAUUCAUGAGAGGUAUCCUGCUGUCUUUCAUCUAGCUGUACACCUCGAGAAUGGUCAGCGUGUAUACUUUAAUUCCAAAAACUUAGUUGAGAGGAUUAGUAAUCCACUUCAGACAACACUCUUGGCUUUCUUCGAGCUGUGCAAAACCGACGAUUUUGCAAAAACUCUUUUGUACUGUGAGGUUCCUUUUUAUUUUGUGUUUAAAAAUAACAAGUUUGAGAGAAGAAAGCGGGGAAUGAAUGUCGAUGGCUGGCCAGGAAUAAAGAAGGACAAUGUGCUGGGAAGAGUGUAUACCAUCCAUCCAAAUAACACAGAGUGUUAUUAUCUUCGCAUGUUGCUGUAUGAGAUUCGAGGUCCAACAUCAUUUUUAGAAUUGAAAACUGUAAAUGGUGUCUGUUCCACAUUCCAGUCUGCAUGCAAGGCAUUAGGUUUGCUGGAAGAUGACAAACACUGGGACAAUACAUUGGAGGAAGCUGCUUUGUGUGAUUCUUCCUUCAAGCUGCGGGAGCUUUUUACAGUGAUGUUGGUAUUCUGUCAACUUAACGAGCCUAUGAGUCUUUGGGAAAA